AUGCCUUCAGUUGAGACAGGACCGAGGACCUUGUACGACAAGGUCUUCGCUGACCACAUCGUCAACCAGCAAGAAGAUGGCACUUGCCUUCUCUACAUUGAUCGGCACCUUGUGCACGAGGUGACCUCCCCUCAGGCUUUUGAGGGUCUCAAGAAUGCCGGCCGCCCUGUCCGCCGACCCGACUGCACUUUGGUGACUGUCGACCACAACAUCCCCACAUCUUCCCGAAAAGAUUUCAAAAGCGCAGAGACCUUCAUUCAAGAAACCGACUCCCGCCUGCAAUGCACUACCCUCGAGGAGAACGUCAAGGACUUCGGCCUUACCUACUUUGGUAUGAGCGACAAGCGCCAGGGUAUCGUUCACGUUAUCGGUCCCGAGCAGGGUUUCACUCUCCCCGGUACCACCGUUGUCUGCGGUGACUCCCACACGUCCACCCACGGUGCCUUCGGCUCCCUGGCUUUCGGUAUCGGAACCAGUGAGGUCGAGCACGUCCUCGCGACUCAGACCCUUCUGACCCGCAAGAGCAAGAACAUGCGCGUCCAGGUUGACGGCGAGCUUCCUGCUGGUGUCACUAGCAAGGAUGUUGUUCUCCACAUCAUUGGUGUUAUCGGAACUGCUGGUGGUACCGGUGCCGUCAUUGAGUUCUGCGGAUCUGUCAUUCGCAAACUCAGCAUGGAGGCUCGUAUGUCCAUCUGUAACAUGUCUAUUGAGGGUGGUGCUCGUGCUGGUAUGAUCGCGCCCGAUGAGAUUACCUUCGAGUACCUCAAGGGCCGUCCUCUUGCUCCCAAGUACGGUAGCUCCGAGUGGAACCGUGCCGUCGCCUACUGGUCUACUCUCAAGUCCGACCCUGAUGCCAAGUACGACAUUGACGUCUUCCUCGAUGGCAAGGAUAUCAUCCCCACCAUUUCCUGGGGUACCUCUCCCCAGGACGUCGUUCCCAUCACAGGUGUCGUCCCCAGCCCCGAUGACUUCGAGGACCCGGCCCGCAAGCUUGCUUGCACCCGUGCUCUGGAGUACAUGGGUCUCACCUCUGGUACCCCCAUGACCGAAAUUCCCGUGGAUAAGGUCUUCAUUGGAUCCUGCACCAACUCUCGUAUUGAGGAUCUGCGUGCCGCCGCCAAGAUCGUCCGCGGCAAGAAGAUUGCUGCCAACAUCAAGCGUGCUAUGAUCGUCCCCGGUUCAGGUCUCGUCAAGCAGCAGGCCGAGUCUGAGGGUCUCGACAAGAUCUUCACCGAUGCUGGAUUCGAGUGGCGCGAGGCUGGUUGCUCCAUGUGUCUCGGUAUGAACCCCGACAUUCUGUCUCCUCAGGAGCGCUGUGCCAGUACAUCCAACCGUAACUUCGAGGGUCGCCAGGGUGCCAAGGGUCGCACUCACCUGAUGUCCCCCGCUAUGGCCGCCGUGGCUGCGAUUGUCGGUAAGCUUGCCGACGUCCGCGAGCACGUUGUUACCAGCCCCGUUGCCGCCAAGGUCCAGCCCGCUGUUGAAAUCCAGCCCGAGAGCUACGAUUCCCCGAUGACCGAGGACGAGCUCGAUCGUGUCCUUGAUCAGCCCGCUAACAACGAGCCCCACACCAACUCCUCCGCUGGCGGUGGUAGCAGUGCUGGUCUCCCCAAGUUCCUCACCCUCAAGGGUAUUGCGGCUCCUCUCGACCGCUCCAACGUCGACACCGACGCCAUUAUUCCCAAGCAGUUCCUCAAGACCAUCAAGCGUACUGGUCUUGGCUCCGCGGCUUUCUACGAGCUCCGUUACAACGCCGAUGGCACCGAGAACCCCGACUUCGUCCUGAACCAGGGUAUCUACCGCAAUGCCAAGAUCCUCGUCGUGACUGGCCCCAACUUCGGUUGUGGUAGUUCGCGUGAGCACGCCCCUUGGGCUCUGCUCGACUUCGGUAUCAAGUGCAUCAUCGCUCCCUCAUUUGCCGAUAUCUUCUACAACAACACCUUCAAGAACGGUAUGCUGCCCGUUGUCGUCUCCGACCAGGCUGCUCUUGAUAAGAUCGCUGCCGAGGCUCAGGCUGGCCGUGAGAUCGAGGUUGAUCUCGUCAACCAGGAGAUCAAGGACGCCGAGGGUAACAAGAUCGUUGCCUUCGAGGUCGAUUCUUUCCGGAGACAUUGUCUCACCAACGGCCUCGAUGAUAUUGGUCUGACCCUACAGAUGGAGGGCAAGAUCCGCUCCUUCGAGGCUAAGCGCACCCUUGAGACUCCCUGGUUGGAUGGCUCUGCCUACCUCAAGCGCGGCAACCGCAUCGAUGCCGUCGCUGUCCCCAAGACCAACCGGGGCGAGGUUAAGGGCGAGCCACUCGAGUGGUAA